AUGGUCCGUUUAACCGCUGAUCUGAUCCUCGAAUCGCCGCAAUAUUUCAACGCGGUGCGAGAACGAGAGAUCGACUUGAGAGGGAAUAAGAUCGCAGUCAUUGAAAAUCUUGGAGCCACAGAGGACCUGUUUGACAGCAUCGACCUGUCAGACAAUGAGAUAGUGAAGCUGGAGGGGUUCCCUCUGCUGCGGCGGCUCUCCACUCUGCUGCUCUGCAACAACCGCAUCACCCGCAUCAGCCCCCAGCUAGGUACCCAUCUCCCCAAGCUACAGACCCUAGUGUUGGCCAACAACCGUCUCACUAACCUGGCAGACCUCGACCCGCUCGCGUCCCUCGCCCACUCCCUCACCUCGCUCUCUCUCCUCGACAACACGGUUGUCAAGAAGCCCAAGUACCGCCUCUACGCCAUUCACCUGCUGCCGAAGCUGCGUCUCCUAGACUUCCAAAAGGUCAAGCUGAAGGUACGUCACCUGCUGCCGAAACUACGCCUGCUGGACUUCCGCAAGGUCAAGCUGAAGCAAUCCUUUCUUUCUCCCCCACCCCCUCCCCCCCCCUCCCCCCCUCCCUCCCCUCCCUCCCCCACCGUUCCCGUCCCUCCCUCGCCCCUCUUCCCCUCCCUCCCCUCCCUUCCCCCCCUUCCCCUCCCUCCCCUCCCUCCCCCCCCUUCCCCCCCCUUCCCCCCCCUUCCCCUCCCUUCCCCCCCCCCUCCCCUCCCUCCCCUCCCUCCCCCCCCUUCCCCUCCCUCCCCUCCCUCCCCCCCCUUCCCCUCCCUCCCUUCCCUCAUCUCCUCCAGGAGAGGCAAGAAGCCGAGGCAACAUUCGGAAAGGACAGAGCAGCAGCGGCAGCAGCCAAGCGCGUAUCGGCCAACACCUUUGUGCCUCUUCUCCCCCCUUUUCGUCCCUUCACUCCUCCAGGAGAGGCAAGAGGCGGAGGCAACAUUCGGAAAGGACAGAGCAGCAGCGGCUGCAGCCAAGCGCGUAUCAGCCAACACGUUUGUGCCUGGCGAGGCACUUGCAGAGGCAGGGGGCGCAGGCGGGGGAGGGGAGGGAGCAGCAGCAGCUGGUGGUGCUGGUGGUGAUGGCGGGAAGGAGGGAGGGGAGGGUGCGGCUGCAGCAGCAGCGAAAGGGCCAACACCAGAGCAGAUCACAGCAAUUAAGGCUGCAAUCAGCACAGCUCAGACAUUAGAGGAGGUUGCACGGCUGGAAAAGGCAUUGCAAUCUGGCCAAUUGCCAUCAGACAUCAAGGUGCCUUCUGCAGAUACAGACAAAACAAGCCAACCCAUGGAAGCCGAUUAA